GUAAAAUGAAAUGGAGGGAGAAAAAAAAAGUAUCAAGAGCGUAGAAAAACUACAGUUGAAUAUAUUUUUCAUUUCACUUUUUUCUUGCUCUUUCUUCUACUACAGUACAUUUUUUCCCCUUCUCAUAUGGAUUUCUCCAGAUGGGGUUUCUUGGUUUUGAUUUUUGUUUCUUUUUCAUCAACACCCAUUUGCUCAGAUUCUCCAUUGAGUUCUUUGGAACUAUCAGAAAUCCCUAGUAAGUUUCUUGAUUUUACCAAGAAAAAUGAGGUUUUUGAUUGGAUUGUUGGGGUUAGAAGAAAGAUACAUGAGAAUCCUGAGUUGGGUUAUGAAGAAUUAGAGACUAGUAAGCUUAUUAGACAAGAAUUGGAUAAUUUGGGGAUUAGAUAUAAAUACCCUUUUGCCACUACUGGUAUUGUUGGUUUUAUUGGUUCUGGAAAACCCCCUUUUGUUGCUAUCAGAGCUGAUAUGGAUGCUCUCCCUAUGCAGGAAAUGGUGGACUGGGAGCACAAAAGUAGGAAUCCUGGUAAAAUGCAUGCAUGUGGUCAUGAUGCUCAUGCUGCAAUGCUUCUUGGUGCUGCAAAGAUUCUUCAAGAACAUCGGAACAUCAUUUUGAAGGGAACAGUUGCUCUUGUUUUUCAACCAGCAGAAGAGGGAGGUGGUGGGGCCAAGAAAAUGAUAGAUGCUGGAGCACUAGAAAAUGUAGAAGCAAUAUUUGGCCUGCAUGUCAAUCCCAACUUUCCUCUGGGUGAAGUUUCUUCAAGGUCUGGACCCUUUUUGGCUGGAAGUGGUUUUUUUGAAGCUGUAAUUAGUGGAAGAGGAGGUCAUGCCGCUAUUCCACAGCAUUCGAUAGAUCCAAUUCUGGCAGCAUCAAAUGUAAUUGUCAGCUUACAGCAUCUUGUUUCCCGAGAAGCUGAUCCUUUGGAUUCUCAGGUGGUCACAGUUGCUAAAUUCCAAGGAGGUGGUGCAUUUAAUGUUAUUCCAGACUCUGUUACCAUUGGUGGCACUUUUCGGGCUUUUUCGAAGGAGAGCUUUCUGCAGCUUAGGCAGAGAAUUGAGGAGGUUAUUGUUGGGCAAGCUGCUGUACAGAGGUGCAAUGCAACUGUGGAUUUUCUUACAAACAAUAAACCCUUCUUUCCUCCAACCGUGAAUGAUAAAAAUUUGCACAAACACUUCCAGAGAGUUGCAGGUGAUAUGCUAGGUAACGAUCAUGUAAGAGACACGGAACCAUUAAUGGGAUCGGAGGAUUUUGCGUUUUACCAGGAAGUUAUUCCUGGCUACUUCUACCUACUCGGAAUGCAAGGUGAAACAAAUGAAAUCCCAGCAUCAGUCCAUUCACCUUAUUUUAAAAUCAAUGAGGAAGCACUUCCUCUCGGUGCUGCACUUCAAGCAUCUUUGGCUAUUAGAUAUCUUCUCGAAGCACAACCACAAGUUCCUUCUUCAAGUAUAAAUGAUCAUGAUGAAUUGUAAGGUGCUACUCUUUUGUAGGCAUGUGCACCUAAAUAGAUCCUUGUUCAUUUUUAUGUAAUGCUGGAACUGGCCAAAUGUAGCUUAAUCUGUAUAAUCCGGAACAAGUUGCGUACUUAGAAAGGUCAAUGUUUAUGAAACAAUUAUUUACUUAAACAGCAAUGACAACGCGGUACAUUUUGUAGCAA